AAUAACCCAUAUUUUCUGUACGUAUAUUGUUUUGCAUAAUGUUCCAUUACUUUUUGAAAUCAAUAGGUUCUAAUUUCUAUACUCUUGUCAAAAUUAGGUAUUCGUGAAGAAUGGGAGGCGGUAAAAACAAACAAUUUGGUUAUCCUCCAGGACAAUAUCCUCCUCAGCCAGGAGCUUACCCUCCACAAGGAUGUCCUCCUCAAGGGUAUCCACCCGCUCAAGGAUAUCCACCUGCACAAGGAUACCCUCCGCAGCCAGUAGCUUACCCUCCACAAGGGUAUCCUCCUGCACAAGGAUAUCCACUGACUGGAGCCUAUCCUCCAGCACAAGGAUAUCCCCCAGCUGGAGCCUAUCCUCCAGCACAAGGAUAUCCCCCUGCUGGUGGAUACCCCCCACAAGGUUAUCCCCCGGCUAGUGCAUAUCCUCCACAAGGUGGUGCAUAUCCCUCACAAGGAUAUCCUCCAACAGGUUACACUUCAAACAAAUCAGGGCAUGGAAACAUGGGAUUGAUGGCCGGAGGCAUGGCUGCGGCCGCGGCUGCCUAUGGUGCUGCAAGUUAUGGACGCAGCGGAGGUCAUUAUGGUCAUGGAAAAUACAAACAGGGCAAGUAUAAGGGUGGCAAGAAGUACGGCAAGAAAUUUGGGAAGAAAUUCAAGAAGUGGAAAUAAGAAUUUUGUGUAUAUUAUCCUGAUUUUUCACGUGCGGGAUUAUAUUAG